GGACAGACGGCCACACCACUUGCUUUAGCCUAUAAGCAGCCCCCAAGCCCUUGCGGUAGACUGGUGGUUGAACUGAUCUGCCAGGCUCUCCAUACUGAUGAGCACCCCAUCAUAAGGGAUAGGGAAGAUCACUUCCAUCACUUCUGGCACAACCUAUUACUUUUUCCCACACUAUCCCAGAGGCAGCAUGGACAUCAAGGAGUACUUUGCCAGAAUUUCUUACCGGGGCUCCCAUGAUAAGCUGGACCUGGCUACCUUGACGGAUAUAUUCCAGCACCACAUCCGAGCAGUGCCUUUUGAAAACCUCAGCAUGCACUGUGGGGAGAGCAUUGAGCUGGACCUGGAGGCAUCUUACAACAAGAUAGUGAGGAGGAACCGUGGGGGCUGGUGCAUGGAAAACAAUUACCUUUUGGCUUGGGUCCUGAAAACCCUCGGCUAUGAGGUCACCUUUCUGGGAGGCAGGGUUUAUAUCCCAGAAUACGGUACAUACACAGAGGAUAUCGAUCAUCUGCUCCUAAAAGUGCUACUUAAUGAGAAAUCCUACAUCGUAGAUGGUGGCUUUGGCAUGGCCUACCAGUUGUGGGAGCCAAUGGAGCUGGUUUCAGGGACAGACCAGCCCCAGACUCCUGGGAUCUUUCGCUUUGUGGAGGAGAAUGGGGUCUGGUACCUUGAGAAGGUGAAAAGGAAGCAAUGGAUUCCAAACCAAAGUGUCUCCUUAACAUCUUCCCAUAACGUGGACAAAGAAGUUUGCUGUCGGGUUUACCUCUUUACCCUUCAGCCACGGGACAUCGAGGAGUUCAGGUCCAGCAACGCCCGCUUGCAGACAGCGCCGGACUCGCUCUUUGUGACAAAGUCUAUCUGCAGCCUGCAGACUGGCGACGGCAUCCGGGCUCUGGUGGGGUGGAAACUCACCGAGAUGAAGUACAACUUUAAAGAUAACAUGGAUCUGGUGGAGAUCAGAAUCCUUGCAGAUGAAGAAGUGGAUAAAACACUGAAAGAGAAAUUCAAUAUAAUACUAGACAAGAAAUUGGUACCCAUUAACUCAAGCAGGUUGUCUCUGUUCUAACUCACAGCCUGAACUAUAAUUCAAUGCAGUGGCGUGACAAGCAUCUAAAGGUUAAGCUUUCUCUUCCCAUCUGCACCAGCGUAAGGCAGAAAGUAUUAGCAUGAAUCUGGAAAAGAAAUUGAUUUUCACAACUGCUCCUGCAUCUCUUUUUUUUCAGUUUGGGUACAAAUAAUUUCUUCCUAGCUCAGUCAAAUCACUCUUCUUCUGUUCGUGCUUAGCUGGAAGCAGACUUUGCCCAUUCCCUACUCCUUUCAUCUCUUAAAAGCUUUUCCAAGUACACCCAGAGUAGCAGGGCAGAGUGAUGGAGAUGCAGGUCUCUUUCUUUAUUACUUUGCACUGCCACCUGGGGAAAAUCAUACCCACCUCUUAAAUGAAUACCAUCUUAUUUUUGGAAUUUAAUGGCUUGAAAAACAAAGACAUUCAGUGCUGGCUUUGCUACACCAAGCCAUAAGCCUGUGCUUUAUGCUCUCACACUCCCAGCACCCUCUCAGCUGGCAGCCAGGCACCCCCAUGCCUCUGUUGCUCCACGUGGAUACUUACAGACUGGCUACUUAGGGCCUAAAACUCAUGAUGAAAUAUAUCAGUAGACGAUUCUGUCUUAUUUCAGGCUUUACACAUCUCCCAUUCUCUCAGUGACAUAAGCCAACAGCAGUGCUUCUUUGAACUGGAAGCAUCUCUCCUGUGUUUUGUUUGCUCUCCCCCAGCAGCCUCUCAGAAGAGCGCUGCACUUCUCCGAGUGUUAGCGGGCAUUAAUGAUCAUGGCUGAACUCAAACACAGGCACAGAGUGACUUUGCUGAAACAUAUCUGUUCUGCUGACGAUGUGUUUGCAGUGAUACUAAUUAUAUUGAUAUAAGGAGAAGUGAUGAAUCUCAAUCAGAUACCUAAAGGCUAAGGAUUUUAGCAUGAGAAAUUACUCCAAUGUAAUCACUUUACCCUUUGAGAUGAUGCUUGAUGUUCCUUUAUGUACAAAUCAUGGAAGCAUUACAGCUAUGCAUUUACAAUUGAGCAAAAUAUGUAAGUGAAAAGCAACUAAAUAAAAAAAAAUUAUCAAGAA